CUCCCCGUGCUGCAGCUGCUGAUGCCUCCGGUGGCGAAGCUGUCGAUCGGGACGAGGGAAGAAGGGGACAGGGUGAAGAGACGUGGGCGUGCUGACGAGCUCAGCAAGCUACAGGAGGAGCUGAGAUCGCUCGCCGGAGCCAGAAGGGCCGGUGAAGUGGGCAGGGUAAAUCACCUGCAGCUCGAGCGGCUUCUGAGCUGUUCUUCCACCUCCAGGAAUGGAGGCAUUGGUAGGCCAAGGUCGUUCAGGGUACUCGCAACAAGAGCCUUCGGAGGUCCUCGGCCCAGGCCAAGCUUGAGGGAAACUGUACCCGUACCCGAAAUGGGAUUCGACGAGGUUGUCUGAGGUUUGCUGCUCAAGAAGGCACACCCUGAAGCCCAGCGUUCCCUGAUACUGCAACAGGGGAUGACCAAGCAGUCCAGAUGGCCCCGAAAGGAAAGGUAGAGGCCGAGGACGAAGAGGUCAAAUGGAUCAGA